AAGAAAUUGUGUAAUAUACCUGUGUAAUUUUAAAUUUCAGAAAUAAGUAAUACAAUUACAUAAAAUAUUGCAUUUUUAAGUACAAAUCUAUUAAUGCAAAAUGAAUAGUAUAGGUGAAGAGUGUACUGAAUUGAAGAAAAAAUAUGACGACUGUUUCAACUCUUGGUUUUCUGAGCGAUUUCUUAAAGGAGAUCAUGACGACUCAGUUUGUGCCGGAAUAUUUAAGAUUUAUCAAGAAUGUGUAAAGAAAGCUAUGAAGCAGCAAAAUAUUGAUUUUAAAGACAUUGAUAAGGAUGUUUUAGGGACUGAAAACGAGUUUAAGGUACCACCAACUGAGGGCAGUAGUUGACAAAAUUGUGACUCAAUGUGUGUGUUUAAUCCAGUUACUUGCUGGAAUAUCUUUAAUUUUAAUGUUGCUAAAGGUGCAAUUACAAAUUCUGUACAAUAGUAAAUAUACAAUUCUAUGUUAAUUAAAUAAUGCAAAUAUUCAUCUCUUAAAAACCCAUUAUACUAAAUAACCCAAUAGUAUAACAAUUCUAACUUAUGAUAGUGGUUCGAUUGUGACAUAAAAUAACUAUCACAGAAUUAUCUAGAACUUCCUUUUUUUAAACUUUGUGUUUUUUUUGUUUUAGUUUAGUUAGUUUUGAAAGUUAGUGAGAUAUAAAAAU